AUUGAAUGGAAUUAUGAGUCAGUGAGAAAUUAUAUAAACUUUGCUAGCUAAGCUCCAUGAUUGGGCAACGGAAAUAAUUGAGACAUAAACUGGAUUCUGGUAACUAGCAGUUUUUGGCGAAUUCUCGAUUGCAUUUAAAAUGAAAAUGGAGAAAGCGGAGAAGCACGGGAUUUGGACCGUUUGGUAGAAGGAUGGACCUGAUGCCUUAGUUUUUGGCAAAGUUUCAGAGCAAACCGGAGAGACACGUCGUCCGUGAGGGGACAGCCAGGUGUUUGUGGACGAGUUUCCACCGUCCGUUUUUCAGAUCGAGAUUGAUCGGCCGUUCAUCUCACCUGCACGGAUCCGACCGUAUCACUCGCCCGCAUGUAGGCCAUCCAUCGCCUGCCUCCUCUCCAUUAAUAUGGCACCACUCUGUGUGUGCCGCCGCUCAGAGAAGUGCAACUCUCGAUUAAGACGAAAGGAUCGAAGGAGGAGGAAGAAGUAGAAGGGAUGAGAAGUGUCAAACAGCAGGUUCCCCACGUCGCCCUCGUGGCCUUCCCCUUUGCGUCACAUCCCAGCUGCCUGCUGACCCUCGGCCGGAACCUGGCCACCGUAGCUGAGGACGUCCGCUUCUCCUUCUUCACAACUGCUGCCUCCAUGGCUUCCAUGUCCGUGCAGAUCGCUGCCUGCAAGGACAUGGCCAACCUCACGUUCCACGACGUCCCCGACGGGCUGCCGGAGGGAUUUGCCUCUUCACCGCAGCGGCCGGAUGAAACAGUCGAGCUGUUCAUGAGGUCGGCCCUCGACGGACUCCGUCAGGCCCUUGCGGCCGUGCCCCCUGUUUCCUGCUUGCUCAGCGACUCCUUCCUCUCGUUUACGCAGGACCUCGCGGACGAGCUGGGUGUGCCCAGGAUCUCCUUUUGGACAGCCGCAGCCUCCAGCCUCACCGCCCAUCUCUAUACCCACCACAUCAGGGAAACGACCAACGCCAGUGGAUUGAAUCCUGACAGCAAUGGAGCUGUGGCCGUCGACUGCAUCCCCGGUCUUCCCUUCCUAACACUCCAGGACCUACCGGAAGGCAUCAUCUCCGGCCGCUUGGACUCCCUAUUCUCUCUUCUUCUCGAGGAAGUGGCCCGCACCACGCCGCGCUCUGCAGCCGUCAUCGUCAACACCUUUGACGCCUUCGAGUCCUUCUCCCUCCCGGCCAUCCACAACAAGAUUCCGGCCUGCCUCUUUGUCGGCCCACUGCACCUCUCGACGGCAUCAGCUGACCGCAAUGGCUGCCUUCCCUUCCUCGACUCCCACCCGCCCAACUCUGUUGUCUACGUCAGCUUCGGCACUGUGGCCGACCUUUUGCUUUCGAAGCACGAGCUCGUGGCGCUGGCGGAGGGCCUAGAGUUCUCUAGGCAGCCGUUCCUUUGGUCCUUGAAGCCGGAGCGGCAUGCUGAUCUGCCGGCCGACUUCGUUGACCGGGUGAAAGGUCGGGGACUGGUGGUUCCAUGGGCACCGCAGCUGCUGGUUAUCCGGCACGCCUCCACCGGCGUGUUCUUGUCUCAUGGUGGCUAUAACUCACUACUCGAGAACUUGGUCGAUGGAGUCCCCAUGAUCAUGCGCCCAUUCUACGGCGAUCAGCGUGUGAAUUCCCGUCUGGUCGAGCGUGUUCUGGGGACCGGACUGCGGCUGAAGGGCGGGACGUGCACCAGAGAAUCGGUGGUGGAGGCGGUUCGGCUCGUGCUGGACGAAGGGGAGGGAAAGGGGAUGAGGGAGAAGGUUAGCCAGUGGAAGCACAAGGCGCAUGAGGCUGCGGGACCCACUGGAAGCUCGAGUCGGAACCUCAAGGCCCUGGUGGAGAUGUUGAGCGGCGGACCUACUGACUCGGUAGAGUGACUCGCUUUUUUCGGUAUCUGACUCGGACCCAGAUCAGGAUACAGAUCCAUCGACGUGUAUUGACCAUUGGGCUUCUUCCUCGUUUGCAACCCUUUAACAACCAAACCGGGUUUAUAUUUGCUGUACUUGUGUGCACCAAAUUCUUGUCAAGGACGACCCUACAUUCAAUGGCUUUAAAUGUUUUUAGACCA